AUGGCGCCCACACAAUUCGAGAUCAAGUUUCGUGCACUCCAAAGAUUGGUGAAAGAAGAGAGCUAUUACCAGCAGGAUUUACAAGAACAGGAAGCGCAUGUGAAGAGCUUAGAAAACUUGCCGAAUGUAGACCCAUUUGACUUGAAAAAACAGAAAGAAGUGAUGGAAGAUACUCAAAGACUCUUGCCGACUUUGCAUGUGAAAAUUAAGGAGUUUAAAGACGAUUUAGAGGCGUUUCUUGAGUCCUAUAAGGGCUCUGAAGACGUGUCGAGUGCACAUGCAAUAAUUCGAAGUGCCGAUGAGGUGCUUAAAAUUAAGGCCUGA